AUGUCAUCGUUAUCACGGUUGAUGAUGGCAAAAAAUUUACGUUGUGUGGUUCGACAACGCUUCAUUUGGAUACCGCUUUCGGAUCUAUCAACAUCUGCCAUUGCUAACGGUGCCUCAAGACCGGCGCCAGCAUUACGUCAGCUGAAGGUGCCCGAGCACGAGAAAGGUCAUUUCAAGUACGAACGCGAUUGGUCUCGUGAUGGUCAAUAUAUAGCUCAAAAACCGGGUGAUACGCCAAGUCGUGUGUUACUUCGUAGACUUGGUCAUGCCUACGAGAUAUAUCCGAUCCUAUUUCUGAUCGGUGUAUGGGCUGUGCUGUUCUGUGGUAUCGUCUAUAUCAGCUUCGACAAGAUCGAAGUUUGGGUCGAUAGAACAUCUUCAAAAUCGCCAUGGGCUUGGGAAAGAAUACGCAAUAACUACUGGAAACAACACACUCUUACAUUCGACAAAGAAGGAGUAAGUCAUAAGCGUUGCCUUAUGAUGGAACAACUUCAAGACGAAAUGUUGAAGGCAGCAAAAGAACGAGCUGAGAAUAGUGAAUAA